GUCAGUCUUCUCUUCUCUUCUCUCUCUCUCUCUCUCCUCAUAAAAACAAACAAACAAAACCAUUUCCCUCCGAUCGCUUCCGUUCCCUCCACGGUUCCUCUUCCUCUACCCAACUCAUUCCGUGACUCACUGAGUCACGCCGAUUCCCUCCGCCAUGAGCGACGAGCACGAGGACCCCAACCUGAACGCGCAUUCCGAAAGCGUCGACGGCACCAAGCGGAAGAUGGAAGAGGACAUCCAACUCGCCAAGCAGAAAGCUCAAGAAAUCGCCGCCCGACUAGUCGGCAGCGCCGAGUCCAAGCGCCCCCGACUCGACGACUCGUCCGAACUCGCCCCACUCUCUAGCUCCGCCUCUAUCCCUUCCUUCCCUGUUUCUUUUGCUUCUCAAACAGCUCAAUAUCAUGGUUUACAAGGCACAAGUAAGAGAAUUAGUAUUCCAAAUGGCAAGGUUGGUGUUAUUAUUGGGAAAGGAGGAGAAACGAUAAAAUAUCUUCAACUUCAAUCAGGGGCAAAAAUCCAGAUAACCAAGGAUGCUGAGGCAGAUCCUUAUUCUCUGACGAGGGAUGUGGAAUUGACGGGUACGUCAGAACAAAUUAGUAGAGCAGAACAGCUUAUCAAAGAUGUAAUUGCAGAGACGGACACUGGGGCCUCUGCUCCAUCUCCAAAUCAGGGAUUGAAUAUCAUGCAACCUGGAGCUGAACAGUUUUCAAUGAAAGUUCCUAACACUAAGGUUGCUUUGCUCAUUGGCAAGGGUGGUGAGACUAUUAGAACCAUGCAAAGCAAGUCAGGAGCUCGUAUUCAGAUUAUUCCAUUGCACCUGCCUCCUGGCGAUACAUCAACAGAGAGGACAGUUUAUAUAAAUGGAUUGACAGAGCAAAUUGAUUCAGCAAAGGAAUUGAUUAAUGAUGUAAUCAAUGGGAAACGUAUAGUAAAUCCAUCUGGAGCCAAUAGCUAUAUGCAGCCAGCUUACCCUCCUCCUAGUUGGGCUCCCCCAGUACAACCUCUGAUGCAGCAGCAGCAGCAGCAGCCAGCUCAGUAUGGGUACCCUUAUAAUACAACUUCGGCUUACUAUGGUAACUAUCCUACUGCCCAGGUAGCAGGUUGGGAUCAUUCAAAUCAAUCCAUGUCUCAACCAUCUCAGCAAAGCACUGGAUAUGGUUAUUAUGCACAACAAGGUCACGUGGGUUCAGCUCCACCAAACCCUAGCUACAGCUACGGUCAGACACCCCAAGCCACCAACUAUGGUUAUGACCAGGGAUACUCUCAGCAGCCACCACAGUAUGGACAAAACCUCUCAAGUCAGCCUCUGCCUAUUGAGCAGCAGAAACAAUCAGGAUAUGGACCACCUGCUGUGUCACCACAACCGAAUGGAACUCCCUCCCAAACUACUCAUCCAUCAUCUACUUAUCCACCUGCUUACAGUCAGCCAGUGGCUGACCCUCAAGCUGGGUAUUGGGCAUAUCCAAGCAGCACAGGCCAAGCACCAGCUCAAACAGGUUAUGAUCAAUCUGGUUACUCUCAAACAGGUUUUGAAGCGCAACAAGGAGUCCAAGCCCCUACACUUUCAACUCAGCCAGUGUAUGGACAAGGUGGGUAUCCUCAACCAGCACCUGCACCAGUCAAUUAUGAUCAUGGGACAAAUCCUCCUGCUUACUACGGACAGCCACAAACCCAGUCACAGCUACCAACCAAUGGGUUUGUACAACCAUCAGUUUCUGGAGCUGAAAGAAAUGUCGAUGGGAAUUCAGACGCAGGUAAUGGCUCGAAUCUUGAUGUACAAGAAACCAUUGGCUCUCAAAGCUGAAGUUUCUUCUGAUUAAGGACAUUCUCUUCACAUUUUUCCAGUCUUUUUGUCUAUUUACCUGGACAAGAAUUCUUGUUGCUCUUUUAUAACAUCUGCUAAGUGGCGGAUGCUACAAUCUAGGCUUAAAAUGUAGUCAUGAACCCUUUUUAUUCAUGUUUGUUAUUAUUGAAAACCUGUGUCAGCAGUUCUAGCA